AUUGAAAACCUGACCGAAGCCAACAACCAUAAGAGGGAAAAAGAGUGAGGCAAGACGACAGAAGUGUUACUUUUCCUCUUUUAUUUAUCUGAAUCUGAGACGUCAAUUGAGGCCCGGGAGGCGGGGCAUCAUCAUCUUAUCUCAUUAAACCUACCUUCUUUGUUUUACUUUUUUUUUCUUGCUUGUUUUACUUUCUACGUAUAUUUUUAUCAUCGCUUUUUUUCGAGAGUCUCUUAGAAAGAUAGACUAUUCGCUGCUGUUUUGGUGGAUCGAGCUUCUUCUCUGCCGACUGACGUAAUUUAGUCCAUCUUAAAACCUGCUUGAUUUAACACAGCUAAACCAACUGUUAAGCAGAGUGUUUACGAUAACGCAGCGAUUGAACUCAGCGUAUAACGAAAUCAACGGAUCGAUCGUUAAAUCAAGGAAUCAGUUUGUCAAAUAGCUAGCUAACAAACUAACCCAACGAGCCGAACCAAUACUGAAUCAGUCAGUCGGUAGCAGGAAAAAAGUAAUAAGGAAAUCUGUGGAUCAGACUAUCGAUCUUAAUAAAAAACAGUGGCUGAUUUGAUCAGUGAAUUUGGAUCAACUUUUACCAAUAAUUUGAUCGUUCAUAAUAAUAAAAAAAACAAAAAACACAGAAUAUAAUUGAACGAAAGACGAAACGAGAGGAAAGGAAUAAUAAAAAAAAGGAAAACUAUUUCUAUAUCAAAGUACACAGUGAGUAGGAGAUCAUUAUCAUGGCAGCUACCGUUAUUCACUUGCAAAAAAGCCCAGGUGAAUCGUGGGGAUUCCGUUUACAAGGUGGACUCGAUUUUAGACAACAACUUUCAGUUAAAAAAGUUGUCCCUAACAGUCCAGCCCAAGGAAGACUGCACGGUGGGGAUGCGAUCUUAGCUAUCGGCAGCACAAAUACGCAGAACCUCACUCACAUGCAAGCUCACCAAUUAAUUAGAAAUGCAGGCAACAUGCUCCAGUUGACACUCAUUAAACAAGCUUUCGCUGCACCCUUAGAUAUCCGUCCCAAAGGUCCACUGAAGUUCUCACCAUGGAAACACCAACAACAGUAAUAACAACAGAAAACAGCAGCAACACCACUAAGAACAACUCUAACAGAAUAACAACAACAACAACAUCAGGAAUGGCAUUUACAUAACUGCAAGACCUACAAAAUAUGUGUGCGCAUGCGUGCGUGCGUGCGUGUGUGUAUGUGUGUGGAUGGAUGUGUUUGUAUGUAAGUAUAUAUGAAUGUACGUAUGUGUAUGUGUGUACGAAUGUUAAUGUAAAAAUUAAGGAAUACUUUAUAAACAAUUGUAUAUUUAGUAAGACAAAUUACGAAACACACACACCACCACCACCACUAUUAAUAGUAAUAAUAUAACAAUAACAAUAACAAAGCAGCAACAACAACAGAGACAUUUUGAUGAUACGGACUCUAUAACAAAUACGUGAUAACAGCAAUUAUAACGACAACAGCAACAUCAAUAAUGAUAACAACAACAACAAUAGCAACCACAAUAUUAAUUUCUUUAUUGCUCUUUGAGAGUUGGAUAUAAUAAUAAUAAUAACAAUAAUAGCGAUGGUUAUUUAAUGUCGAAACACGGACAUAUUCAUGCGAAGGUUGUUCAAAAACGAAGUAAAUAUAUCGAGAAGCAGGAAAAAAGUAACUACGACAUGCUUUAGCGCCGUUGAGGUUUUAGAAAUAGACAAUCAAUAACAACAACAACAAUGAUAAUAAUGUUUUGCUAUUUGCCACAAGGGCGAUGGACGAAGAGUCAUUACUGGAACAAGCUACAAAAAUGAAGGAAAAAAACCCCGAUUGUAAUAGAGCAACAAUGAUAAACGGAAUCGCCAACUUGAUCUUCGUACCAUUCGUGUUACCAUACAUUAAAGGCGAUGGUUUGCCUAAAUUGGUUGAACGAAGGACAAAAUAUCUUCGCUUUCUUUCGCUUCCUUCAGGAGUCGAUGAACUACGCAUCGGGGUAUCGUUUCACUCGGGUAUCGUUUCACUCGGGUAUACCAUCUUCCAAAAAUAGGUGGCUUUUGGUGGGAUAAGAAAAGUCUUUAUUAUAUUGUUGUUGGUGUUGUUGUGGACAGUCUUCAAGAUAUAAACAUAGUGAAAAUAUCGGGACACAAUUUUGGUUGAAAUUAAAUCUCGCUGCCCAUUCACAAGCGCACGUACAUACACGAUAUCUCCAUGCGCGCACACGCACGCACACACACACACAUACACACACACGCACACAGGCAUACACAUGCACACACAUUAGUUUCAUUUUUAAGUUUUGAAACAGACACUUCAAAGGUACGGGACCUCGAAGUUCGUUUAUAUCACGUGUCAAAAUAUAUUUAAUUCAACAAGUGUUAUACGCGUAACUCAAGACACCCGUGUAACUUUUUCAAGUGUUUUCAGCUUCAAAAAUUAAAAAAAAUAUAUUUUACAAAACUUACUGAGCAAAUAUACAUUGUUUUCUUCUCGUUGUAAUACUUAAGUUUAAACACACACAUACAUACAUACAUACAUACAUACAUACA